AAACAACCGUAAAGAAGCACUAUCUUCUUCUUCUUUUUUAAUUCCCUCAAACGCCAUAUUGCUAGAUUUUUGCUAAUCUCUUCUUCCUAGUUAAUCUAAGAUAUAUCACAGUUAGGUUAACAAUAGAAUAAUAUCCUCAAUUACCCAAAUCUAGUACCUGCAUACUAUCUAAUUCAGAACCAAAGUAUCAUUGAUAUAGAAAUAAUAAUACUCCAGGAUGGGAUUGUUUCCAAGUUAGCAAUUAUUAUGAUUAAUUAUUGUUAAUUUUGGAUCGUCGUAUUUGUCUGCAUCAGAUUAUUAAAAAAAAAAACAGUGACGUGGCAAUUAGUCUUCUGAACACCGUUUACUUUAGUCAACUCGGGCAUGCUCAUUUACGUUAAACCUUUCACUGAGAAACUCUGUUUCAGAGUCUUUCUUUGUUUUUUUUACCAAAACAACCAUGCGAUUCGCGGCACCACCCCCGCGCUCCGGCGAUAUCUCACCUUCUCCUUCGCCAGCUGCUUCACCGUCUCUUUCACCGUAUUCAGGAGUACCAGAGGAGAUUCUUUCUCCUUCCUCUGAUCCUCCUUUACAGUUUAGCCCCCCUUUGAUCGCCAUGGUGGUGGUUUUAGCCGCCGCUUUUCUUUUCGUGACCUACUCUCGCCUCAUCUCCCGCCGAUUCCUCUCGCCUCUCUUCCGCCGCUUCCGACGGUGGCGACAUCGUCGGCGCCGUCUCCUCCACCUAUCCUCUGCUUCAAACUCAUCCUCCGAUCUCCGAUCCUUUUCCCCUUUCCCUUUCGACUCUUUUCACUACUCCUCCUACUCACCUUACGGACUAGACGAGUCAGUCAUCAAAACGCUGCCUCUGUUUCUCUACUCCGCCGCCGCUUGCACCGGGAAGAGCCUUUCUCCUGCCACCGCGGUGGGGAAAACUCCCGCCGCCGUGGACUGCGCCGUUUGUUUGUUGGAGUUCGAGGAAGGAGAUUACGUGCGGACGCUUCCGUUGUGCUUCCAUGCUUUCCACCUUGAGUGCAUCGACGAGUGGCUCCGAUCUCACCCUAACUGUCCUCUCUGCCGCACUGCGAUUCUCCGAUCCGGCGUCGUUGCGACUACCUCGCCGUUCGUUCCCUUGAUGGCUCCUAGAAUCCGUCCAAGCCUCGAUGAAGAGAGUGACGCGAUCAUCAUCCGCACCGAAACUCCGCCGCGGAGUAAUAAUAAUUUAAACGCAACCGCGACGGUUACAGACGAUCAGGAGAUCACAGCGGCGGCGGUGGAAGAGCAAUCACCGGCAAUUUCUAGAUUCAGGGAGCUGAAGAGAUCCUACUCGUUUGAUUACGAUAGGGAGGAAUCAGCAUCAGAGAGAGUGACGAUGGAGCCAGCGACGGUGUCUCCAUGGAGAUACCGGAGAUCCACGUGGAUCAAGCAGCGUCAAUCUCCGUUCGGAAACCUGAAAUCGAGAGUGUUCUCGUUACGUUACCACAGAAGCGCGAAAUCGCCGUUUUCGCGGCGGCGAUCGGGAGUGUUCUUCCCGAUAUCGGAGCGGAUUCCGGCGACGGGAAGCUCAUCGUCGCGGCGGACGAAAUCGAUGACGAGUCCGAGGUUCUUCAGAACGGCACCGCACUCGUCGAGCCGGUUAAGAUGCGGAGAUCCAGAGGCGCUGUUAUCGCCGGAGAGGUGGAGGAGGAGGGACACGUGUAGGGUAGAUAUGUAAGAUGAAAAUGGACGGUGGGGAUGAAAGGAAGAAAAAUUGAAGUGGAAGGAGGGAGCAUUAAUGGAAUGUGGGGUUUGGCAUUAAAUGGAAUUAAAAUCGACGAAACAUGCCAGACGGUGAAAGUAUUGGAGCUGGUACGACGACGUUUUAACUGUUUUUUUUUUUUUCUGUUUAGUUGUAUAGUAUUGUCCUUGGAGUUAUCAAAUGCAUUAACUUCCAAAUCUGCCGAAGUUAUUAUAGAAACGAAGUCAACAAACCACACUAGAUUUCGUUUCUAUAAUAACUUUCUUUUGUCGGUCGUGCUUAUUGCUUCUCUUUUUUUUUUUAAUUACGGAAUUUUAUGUUUGCUAAACUUUUUUUUCAUACUACUAAUUUUAUAUUAAGCUGUCGAUUAAAUUUGACAAUUAACAACUGAUUAUUUUGUUACACUAUGGAGAAUGAUGUUCACAUUUUAUCAGGUGUGGAUCUAUUGCCAUUGUUGUCGAGGGUAUAUAUAGCUGCCAAAAGUUUUUGAUACAUGUUAUAUUAGUCAAAAGACUCAAAAAAUGUGAUAGUAUCUUCGGAUAAAAAGAAAAUUUUUUAUUAUUGAAUUUUUCAAAUUACAUUAGAAUUACAAGAAAACAAUACAAACCUUCAAUUUUAACGAUGAUAAAUUCGCAUGUUUAGACCAAAUAAAAAUGACUAAAUAACUACCAUAGAGAAUGGAAGAUGCAAAGCCUUGUAUAAUAGGAACAUAUUAUAAGAAAACAUGGACUCAGAAUAUAUAUAUUAUCAAGUUGUUCGAAUGAGAAUGGGUUAUCGAAUAUGAGUAUUUGAACAGAAGAAAAACGAAGAACUCAGAAGGCAAGAUGAAUCUUGUAUUACUCAGCUCACUGAUUCAUACCUGUAAAAAUGAAUUUCCCCAUCUUUCUCUCAUUUGUAAAAAAAAAAAGAAGCUGGAGCUAAAAAGAAGAAGAAGCUCCAGGGUUUAAGCGCAAAUCAUUUCACA